AUGAACAAAGCUUCCAGUAGCCUAGGUGCAUUACAAUUUUUUUCAAAUUGUCAACUCUUCGAGAUCCCUCAGAAAGUUGAAGCUCUCCGCUGGUUGCCGAUCGCGCGCCGGGUGUGGUUCUUGCGUCGCCCCCUUCCCCGAUGGACGAGGCUUCCAACUCAGAAAACAUUUAUUCAAACGCAAAGGCGAGCAGUAGCAAGGCAGCCGUCGCCUCGAGCUCAAAAGUUCAACUACUUAUCCUUAAUCAAUAAUGGGAGUGUCGCCAGAGAUCAUCUGGCCUCUGAGCGCACCUUUCUCGCCUACGUCAGAACGAGUUUAGGAAUCGCACCCUCGGGUAUUGCGCUCAUGCAGUUCUUCAAUCUUGGAACAAAAGUUAGGAGGUUCUCUCAGCCGCUUGGAGCCAUAACGAUAGCAAUGGCGUUCGCUGUCCUUGUUCUCGGUAAUUCCACCACUCCACUUGAACUACGAGAUGCUCAUCUCAAGUUUGUGGUGCAACUCACAGGUAUCCGACGAUAUUUUUCCAUCCAGAAGGAAUUGCCUCACGGACGCUUCCCCGUUUCGAAAGUGGGAAUUGCGCUCAUGUCCUUCAUGCUUGGUUCCCUCAUAACAGCGACUUUCGGCAUGUUAGUAACAGAUCGAGUAAGAAGCAAGUAG